AUUGGUUAAGUUCGAAAACUUCAAGUGGCUCCACAUCUUUUGUGUGUUUAGCAUGUAUAAAUGUCAAAUUGCAUUGAGUAAUAAAAUUAACGAGCUUUACAAUGGGAUUACUGACGAUACUUAAGAAACUGAAGCAGAAGGAGAAGGAAAUGCGAAUUUUAAUGUUAGGUUUGGACAAUGCUGGUAAAACUACUGUCUUGAAAAGAAUUAACGGAGAACCAAUUGAUACAAUAUCACCAACUCUAGGCUUUAACAUUAAAACAUUGGACCAUCGUGGAUACAAACUUAAUAUUUGGGAUGUAGGUGGUCAGAAAUCAUUGCGUUCCUACUGGAGGAAUUAUUUUGAAUCUACGGAUGGCCUUGUGUGGGUGAUUGAUAGUGCAGAUAAAAGAAGAUUAGAAGAUUGUAAAAUAGAAUUAUACAAACUUCUACAAGAAGAAAGAUUAGAAGGUGCAAGUCUGCUAAUACUUGCGAAUAAGCAAGAUUUGCCUGGAGCAUUAUCUACAGCAGAUAUUGCAGAAAUUUUGGAAUUACCUAGUAUUAAAACUCAUCAUUGGCAAAUCUAUAAAUGUUCUGCAGUUACAGGAGAAAAUCUUGUUGAGGGAAUAAAUUGGAUUGUCGAUGACAUUUCUGCAAGGAUAUUUUAUAUAGAUUAAGAAUAAGGAAUGUACUAAGUCAUGUAACUAAAAUUAUUAGUAUUUUUAUUCUUUUUAUAAA